AUGGUACCAGCUGGCUCAGAGGACUCUGUUCUGUUCUGGGUUCAGUACCAGCUGGAUCAGACGACUCUGUUGUGGGUUCAGUACCAGCUGGUUCAGAGGACUCUGUUCUGGGUUCAGUACCAGCUGGUUCAGACGACUCUGUUCUGGGUUCAGUACCAGCUGGCUCAGAGGACUGUUCUGGGUUCAUACCAGCUGGUUCAGAGGACUCUGUUCUGGGUUCAGUACCAGCUGGUUCAGAGGACUGUUCUGGGUUCAGUACCAGCUGGUUCAGAGGACUCUGUUCUGGGUUCAGUACCAGCUGUCUCAGACAACUCUCUUCAGUUCCUGGUGGAGUUGUGUACGGACUGGUCGGUGGACUACCUGCGCUACCAGGUGCUGGCGGGCGAGCCGGUGUUCGUGCGCUGCGCCCUCUUCUACGGGUACAUCCGUGCCAACCACACCCGCGCCCAGAGCACCGGCCUCCGCCUCAUGUGGUACCGCAGCGCGGGCCAGGGAUUGGCUGACUACGAGGAGCCAAUCGUCUUCGACGGAACACGCGUGACCAAAGAGGAGGACAACAUCUGGUUCAGACCAGCUGAAGUGGAGGACAGCGGACUAUACUCCUGUGUGCUGCGGAACUCGUCGUACUGUGUGAAGGUUGCCUAUGUCUCUGGAGGUGUUGCAGAACGACUCCUCGGCGCCUGCUUCAACUCCCAGCUGCGCUUCUCAGAGAGGGCCGAACUGGGCAAGAGCAAGACCAUCGCCUGCCCCAACAUCCAGCACUACUCUCCCCCUGGGGUGGUGCCACUAAUCACCUGGUACAAGGAGUGUGAGCUGCAGGAGUGGCGUGCCAGUGUGCGGCUGCAGGAGACCUCUCUGGUGUUUGAGGCGGUGCAGGAGGACGACUCAGGAAACUACACCUGUCAGCUGCAGCUCCUCCACUUCCUGGUGCGACGCACCACACUGCUGAGUAUCACAGCUGUUCGUACAGCCCCAAGCUGCACACCAGUGAGGCAUCUUGACGCAAUGAACACCUCUCCAAUAUGGCGGCGACGUUGA